AUGACCCCAGUCGACUACGCGAAGACCGCCAAUGAGCAACUGAGGGCAUUGCAGCUAUCAGAAUACGUCGACUACGAGCCGUCACUGCUGCAGAAACUGGAGAAGUCAUUCACCGACGCGAACAUUUAUGAAACUCAAGGCGAGCAGUCGUGGUUCGUCAUGGGUGACCUUGACACCAGGACACCUAAAAUAGAGCCUGGCCUGUGGUUAAAGGGACUCAACAAGGCAUACCAGAGGCAGCACAUCUCUUGGGUAACAGACAACUUCGUAGUACUUGAAGACCUCGAGAUUUUGAAAAGGAUUAACGCUUUGUUUCUCGACUACACAGAAGUAGAGCUAUCGAUCGGAAUCGCCUGGAUGUUCAUCCAGUCUCACGUUUGGUUGGCUAUCGGAAGGCCGGGACUCAUGCUCCGUGACAACGUCGAAGAGAAAAGGCGGCUGGCAUGCCUGGAGUACGUGACUGCUCGCUUCGGGCUUCUCCCCUCCAUUGCACAUAUGAUGAAAGUUUACCCUACGGAAGAGGUACGCCAUGAAGUCCUAAGCUUUAUAGAAAAUGUCAGAACCCAGUUUAUUAAUAUCAUAAAAAAGACCUAUUGGGUAGAUCGCGAGAUACGGGAGACAGCGGCGCGCAAGAUAGAAAGGAUACAACUGAACACCCUGCCCUCAGAGGAGUUUUUUGUGGAUGAGGUCCGGAAGGUCCUUUACAAGCCAUUUCCUGACAAUACGCAGGCGGCGUUCAUGGAGGGAUGGUUGAACAGUUCGAAUGUGUACCAACGGCUACAAGUGAACAAGCGCUUUAACGAUGUCUACAAGAAGCAGCGCACAUAUCGCCACCAAGCGUACGUGUACACUUACCUACUGAAUACCGUGGACACUGCUUUAUUGGCAUUGGAACCACCGCUCUACUACCCGGGAGGAACGUUCGCCAUGAACUAUGCCACCGCGGGGACAUUCAUUAUGAGAGAGAUGAUCAAGAGCAUUGACCCGUCAGGCACGACGAUUGAUGAGCGUGGCGAGAGCAUUCACUGGUGGGGCAAAUCCGAAUCGGCCGAGUACAACCGCCGCCUCAACUGCGACCUCGGUCAUGAGGAAGGACAAACGGCGAUGAGCGUCAUCCCUGCGAUCCCGGCGCUCGAAGUGUCUUACACGGCGUUCAAGGCUGCCGCCGAACAAGAGGCAAGCACGGGGGGUGGUGUGGAGGACCUGAGACUUCGGGGCCUGGAUGACUUUGUCGACGAGCAAAUAUUCUUUAUGAGUUACUGCUACGUGUUAUGUGGCAAGGAAGAUGACGUCAGCCAGCGACAAGAGUGCAACGUGCCCCUCCGGCAUUCCACUUUCUUUGUUGAUGCGUUCCAGUGCCCUGAAGGGUCGCCCAUGAAUACGCCGAAGAAGUGCCCAUUCUUGCUCUCAGUGCUUAAGGAAUUGUGA